GUAGCAUCGUAAAUCAUGACGGAGCAACAAAUGGAUUGUGCUUUGGACUUAAUGAGGCGACUACCGCCUCAGCAGAUUGAGAAGAAUCUUACAGAUUUGAUCGACUUGGUGCCUAGUUUAUGUGAGGACCUCUUGUCCUCAGUAGAUCAGCCCUUGAAGAUUGCUCAGGACCGUAGUAUGGGGAAGGAUUACUUAUUAUGCGAUUACAACAGAGAUGGUGAUUCCUACAGAUCGCCUUGGUCGAAUACAUACGACCCUCCAUUAGAAGAUGGGUCAAUGCCAUCAGAGAGAUUAAGGAAGUUAGAAGUUGACGCGAAUCGAGCAUUUGACCAGUAUAGAGAGAUGUAUUUCGAAGGUGGCGUUAGUUCUGUGUACCUUUGGGACAUGGAUCAUGGUUUUGCAGGAGUUAUCCUGAUAAAGAAAGCAGGUGAUGGGUCUCAAAAGAUCAAGGGCUGUUGGGACUCCAUCCAUGUGGUGGAAGUUGUUGAAAAGAGCUCUGGUCGCAACGCACACUAUAAGCUCACCUCUACAGCCAUGUUAUGGCUGCAAACUAACAAGGAAGGCAGUGGCACUAUGAAUCUUGGAGGCAGUCUUACAAGACAGGCUGAGCAAGAUGCGACAGUUAGUGAGGUAACCCCUCACAUCGCCAACAUCGGCCGCAUGGUCGAGGACAUGGAGAACAAGAUCCGGAAUACCCUUAAUGAUAUUUAUUUUGGCAAGACGAAAGACAUUGUCAACGGUCUGCGCUCCGUAGUGCCGGCUGACGUGCAGCGGCGCACGGCUGCCUUGCAGCACGACUUGGCUGUAGCACUACAGCGUCGACACGUUGCGCGUGCAGACUGAGCUGAUCACAUGUAUGUUUAGACAGCAUAACUU